AUGGCGAGCGCUAUUGAAGCCGAGGCCGAGGCGCCUCACAACAUGUUUGACACCAUCCUCGUUCUCGACUUUGGUUCCCAGACCAGCCAUCUCAUCCUCCGUCGCCUGAGAUCCCUCAAGGUCUACGCUGAGAUGCUGCCCUGCACAACCAAGCUGGCCGAUCUUCCUUUCAAGCCCAAGGGUAUCGUGUUGUCUGGCGGCCCCUCGUCCGUCUACGACCAGGACUCUCCUCACGUCGACCCCGCGAUCUUUGAUCUCGGCGUUCCCAUUUUGGGUAUCUGCUACGGUUGCCAGGUAAUUCUCGAUCCGAUAUAUCCCCCUUGCUUUCGACUGCACGAGGACGCUUUCUCGUCUUACACCAAGACUCCGGCGGAACUCGCCUGGAGAAUCAACUCCAAGAACGUGGCCCGCGGAGAGGCCCGAGAGUACGGUCACGCCGAUGUCACUAUCCUCAACUCCGGCAACUCCCACACCGAUCGCCUCUUCGCUGGUCUGGGAGAGACAAUGCAAGCAUACAUGAGUCACUUCGACAAGUUGGUGGCUCUUCCCGAAGGAUUCACCGUCGUUGCAAGCACGGCAAACUCUGAGUAUGCCGGAAUCGCCCACCAGACCAAGCCAAUUUACGGCGUCCAAUUCCACCCUGAGCUGGAGCACACACCUCGCGGCAGUGAGAUCCUGAAGAACUUCGCCGUUGAUAUCAGUGGCGCCAGACCCAACUGGGUGAUGGAGGACUUCAUUCAGAAGGAGAUCAUCCGCAUCAGACACCUUGUCGGCGACAAGGCGCAGGUCAUCGGCGCCGUCUCUGGAGGUGUCGAUUCCACUGUCGCUGCCAAGCUUAUGAAGGAAGCCAUUGGCGAUCGCUUCCACGCCAUCCUCGUCGACAACGGCGUCAUGCGUCUCAACGAGUGCGAGCAGGUCAAGGAGACUCUUGAGAAGCACCUUGGCAUUAACCUCACCGUCGCUGACGGAGCUGAGCUGUUCCUUGGUCGCCUGAAGGGUGUCACCGAGCCCGAGAAGAAGCGCAAGAUCAUCGGCGCAACCUUCAUCGACCUUUUCGAGAAGGAGGCUCUUAGAUUGGAGAAGGAGGCCGAGAACACCGAGAAUGCCGGACCCAUCACUUGGUUCCUCCAGGGCACACUUUACCCCGAUCUUAUCGAGUCCCUCUCCUUCAAGGGACCCAGUGCGACUAUCAAAUCUCACCACAACACCGGCGGACUUCCGGAGAAGAUGAAGCUCAAACUCAUCGAGCCCCUCAGAGAAUUGUUCAAGGAUGAGGUUAGAGAGUUCGGCAGACAAUUGGGCAUCCACCAAGAUCUGGUCAUGCGUCACCCGUUCCCCGGCCCCGGUAUUGCCAUCCGCAUUAUUGGAGAGGUGACACCCGAGAGAGUCGCCAUUGCCCGUGCUGCCGACAACAUCUUCAUUUCUAUGAUCAAGGAAGCCGGAAUCUACAAUGAGAUGUCCCAAGCAUAUGCUGCUGUGGACUCCAACAAGGCUGUUGGAGUUCAAGGUGAUGCCAGAGUUUACGGCUACAUUAUCAUUCUCCGCGCUGUUAAGACUCUGGACUUCAUGUCCGCGGAGCCUUACGAGUUCGACUUCAACCUCCUUAAGAGGAUCUCGACCCGUAUCAUCAACGAAGUUGACGGCGUCGCCCGCUGCACAUACGACAUCACGUCGAAGCCCCCCGGAACGAUCGAAAUGGGUUCGUAG